UGCCUCCAGAGGUUAGAGGUGACAGGCAAGAUGUCGGCUGACGGUGGCUUUGAGCGGUUGCUGAGAGGAGCAUCUUCGUGACAAGCUCGGCGGAGGGGGCUGAAAGGAGCCGGAUCGAGGGAGCGAGUUCGAGGCGGCGGCAGAUUGGACGGGGCCGGGUGUGGGCGCCGAGGGAGCCCUGGCCGCUGGGCAUGACUGUCGGGAGCGAGGGGGAGCGAGGAGUGGGAGGUGCCGGAGGCCGGUAAUACCCCGCAGCCCCCGGGAAACCGGGAAGCCAGGCUCGGUGGGAGCGCUUCAUGCCGCCAACUGGUUUAGAGCCCGCCAGAAUGAACAGGAAGAAAGGAGACAAGGGCUUUGAAAGCCCAAGGCCGUAUAAAUUAACCCAUCAGGUCGUCUGCAUCAACAACAUAAACUUUCAGAGAAAAUCUGUUGUGGGAUUCGUGGAACUGACUAUAUUUCCCACAGUUGCAAACUUGAAUAGAAUCAAGUUGAACAGCAAACAGUGUAGAAUAUACCGAGUAAGGAUCAAUGAUUUAGAAGCUGCUUUUAUUUAUAAUGACCCAACCUUGGAAGUCUGUCACAAUGAAUCAAAACAGAGAAAUCUAAAUUAUUUUUCCAAUGCUUAUGCCGCUGCAGUUAGUGCUGUGGAUCCUGAUGCAGGAAAUGGAGAACUUUGCAUUAAGGUUCCCUCAGAGUUAUGGAAACAUGUUGAUGAAUUAAAGGUCCUAAAGAUACACAUCAAUUUUUCUUUGGAUCAGCCAAAAGGAGGUCUUCAUUUUGUGGUACCCAGUGUUGAGGGAAGUAUGGCAGAGAGAGGUGCUCAUGUUUUCUCUUGUGGGUAUCAAAAUUCCACAAGAUUUUGGUUCCCAUGCGUUGAUUCAUACUCUGAAUUAUGUACAUGGAAAUUAGAAUUUACGGUAGAUGCCGCAAUGGUGGCUGUUUCCAAUGGAGAUUUGGUGGAGACAGUAUAUACCCAUGACAUGAGGAAGAAGACCUUCCAUUAUAUGCUCACCAUUCCAACAGCUGCGUCAAAUAUCUCUUUGGCCAUUGGACCUUUUGAAAUACUUGUAGAUCCAUAUAUGCACGAGGUUACUCAUUUUUGUUUACCUCAACUUCUUCCACUGCUUAAACAUACUACGUCAUAUCUUCAUGAAGUUUUUGAGUUUUAUGAAGAAAUUCUUACAUGUCGAUACCCAUACUCUUGUUUUAAGACAGUAUUCAUCGAUGAGGCUUAUGUUGAAGUGGCUGCUUAUGCUUCCAUGAGUAUAUUUAGCACAAAUCUUUUACAUAGUGCCAUGAUUAUAGAUGAGACACCUUUGACUAGAAGGUGUUUAGCCCAGUCCUUGGCCCAGCAGUUUUUUGGAUGUUUCAUAUCCAGAAUGUCUUGGUCUGAUGAAUGGGUACUGAAGGGAAUUUCUGGCUAUAUUUAUGGACUUUGGAUGAAAAAAACUUUUGGUGUUAAUGAAUACCGCCACUGGAUUAAAGAGGAGCUAGACAAAAUAGUGGCGUAUGAAUUAAAAACUGGUGGAGUUUUAUUACAUCCCAUAUUUGGUGGAGGAAAAGAGAAGGAUAAUCCAGCAUCUCAUCUACACUUUUCAAUAAAGCAUCCACAUACACUUUCCUGGGAAUACUACACUAUGUUUCAGUGUAAAGCUCACCUUGUGAUGAGAUUGAUUGAAAAUAGGAUCAGUAUGGAAUUCAUGCUACAAGUUUUCAAUAAACUGUUAAGUUUGGCUAGUACUGCUUCAUCGCAGAAGUUCCAGUCACAUAUGUGGAGUCAGAUGUUGGUUUCCACAUCUGGGUUUUUGAAAUCCAUCUCAAAUGUCUCUGGCAAAGACAUCCAGCCUUUAAUAAAACAGUGGGUAGACCAAAGUGGAGUGGUAAAAUUUUAUGGAAGUUUUGCAUUUAAUAGGAAACGAAAUGUCUUGGAAUUGGAAAUAAAACAGGAUUAUACAUCUCCUGGAACUCAGAAAUAUGUGGGACCACUUAAAGUGACAGUGCAGGAAUUAGAUGGAUCCUUCAAUCAUACGUUGCAAAUUGAAGAAAACAGCCUUAAACAUGAUAUACCCUGUCAUUCCAAAAGCAGAAGGAAUAAGAAGAAAAAAAUUCCACUGAUGAAUGGAGAAGAAGUUGACAUGGAUCUUUCUGCGAUGGAUGCUGAUUCCCCUUUGCUGUGGAUAAGGAUAGACCCAGAUAUGUCAGUGCUGAGGAAAGUUGAGUUUGAGCAAGCUGAUUUUAUGUGGCAGUAUCAGCUCCGCUAUGAAAGAGAUGUUGUUGCACAGCAAGAGUCCAUUCUGGCCUUGGAAAAAUUCCCUACGCCAGCAUCUCGCCUCGCUCUCACUGACAUACUAGAACAAGAGCAGUGUUUCUACCGAGUGAGAAUGUCAGCUUGCUUCUGCCUUGCAAAGAUUGCAAAUUCAAUGGUAAGCACAUGGACAGGACCACCAGCCAUGAAGUCACUUUUUACCAGAAUGUUUUGUUGUAAAACUUGUCCAAACAUUGUGAAAACAAACAACUUUAUGAGCUUUCAAAGCUAUUUUCUACAGAAGACUAUGCCAGUUGCAAUGGCUUUAUUGAGAGAUGUUCACAACCUUUGUCCCAAAGAAGUCUUAACGUUCAUUUUAGACUUAAUCAAGUACAAUGACAACAGAAAAAAUAAGUUUUCAGAUAAUUAUUAUCGUGCAGAAAUGAUUGAUGCCCUUGCCAACUCUGUUACGCCUGCAGUCAGUGUGAAUAAUGAAGUUCGAACUUUGGACAACUUAAAUCCAGAUGUGCGACUUAUUCUUGAAGAAAUCACCAGGUUUUUGAAUAUGGAAAAACUUCUUCCAAGUUAUAGACAUACUAUCACUGUCAGUUGUUUGAGAGCCAUAAGAGUGCUUCAGAAGAAUGGACAUGUGCCAAGUGAUCCCGCUCUUUUUAAGUCUUAUGCCGAGUAUGGACACUUUGUGGACAUUAGGAUAGCAGCUUUGGAAGCGGUCGUUGAUUAUACUAAAGUGGACCGGAGUUACGAAGAACUGCAAUGGCUACUUAAUAUGAUUCAGAAUGACCCUGUCCCCUAUGUAAGACAUAAGAUUCUAAACAUGUUGACUAAGAACCCACCAUUUACUAAGAACAUGGAGUCUCCCUUAUGUAAUGAAGCCUUGGUAGAUCAACUUUGGAAACUUAUGAAUUCUGGUACUUCACAUGACUGGAGGUUACGUUGUGGUGCUGUGGACUUGUACUUCACACUUUUUGGCCUCAGUAGACCUUCCUGCUUGCCCUUGCCAGAGCUUGGGUUGGUUCUUAAUCUAAAAGAGAAAAAAGCUGUCUUGAAUCCGACCAUAAUUCCAGAGGCCAUAGCAGGCAACCAAGAAGCUGCGAUUAAUCCAAGUAGUCACGCACAGCUAGUUGGAUUUCAGAACCCUUUUUCAAAUUCUCAAGAUGAGGAGGAAAUUGAUAUGGACACUGUUCACGAUAGCCAGGCGUUUAUUUCCCAUCAUUUGAACAUGCUUGAAAGGCCAUCAACUCCAGGGCUUUCUAAAUAUCGUCCAGCUAGUUCCCGAUCUGCUUUAGUACCCCAACACUCAUCAGGCUGUGAUGGCACACCUCCCACGAAACCCCAGUGGAGCAUGGAACUUACACGGAAGGGAACAGGUAAAGAACAGUCACCUUUGGAGAUGAGUAUGCAUCCAGCUGCAACAGCUCCACUCUCAGUGUUUACUAAGGAAUCCGCGUCCUCCAAACACAGUGACCACCAUCACCACCAUCACCAUGAACACAAGAAAAAGAAGAAGAAGCACAAACAUAAGCAUAAGCACAAGCACAAGCAUGAUAGUAAAGAGAAGGACAAAGAGCCUUUCACUUUCUCCAGCCCUGCCAGCGGCAGGUCCAUUCGUUCUCCUUCUCUUUCAGACUGAGAAGGGGACAGAGGAGACCUUUCCCUCAGUGUCCAGAAGAAUAUAUAUAACUAAAGCUUUGUCCUCUGUAAAGAAUGAUAAAAGGAAGCAGAGAGACAAAAAAAAUUGUUGCCUUUCUCAUUCAGAAUCCAUGGAAGUUCUAAACAUUUGAUUUGUGGUUUUUAUGCAAGUGAGAUCUAAUUAGAAAAACGUUUUACACUUCUGAAUAAACCAUUUCACCCUAUUUCCUCCUGAGAACACACACACACACACACACACACACACACACACACACCUCAGACUUCAUAAAGGCCCUCGUAUCCACUGGCAGUUACCAUCCACAUUAUGGUCUUCGUGUGGACUGCCAAAAUCAAUUAUGUUUUGAAGUCUUUGAUGGAUGCUUUGGGGCAAAGUUAUGUUUUAAACAGAAGCUACUGCCAGAUCUGUGGUGAAACCACUGUUUCCAGUGAAAUACUGUAUAACACUAUUUGGAACUACUGAAAGAGACUGAGGCUUUUCUAUAGGAAUCUUCUUUAUUACAUGGUAUUUUUUGUGUUAACCAUAGAGGCCAAACAUCAGAAUUUGUGAACAAGAAUACAUGGUAUUUUCUUUUGCCCUAAAAUACUGAAAUUUUCAAAAGCAGUUCUUUAAAAAAAUUUUUUUUAAUAGCUUUUUUGAUAGUGCAUUCGGUGAUUAUGAUGUUGGAAUUUAAUAGAACUAUCAAAUCCACAGUUCUCAAAUCAAGAUAUUUAAAUUAUAAGUUCUUUUUUUCAUUAAGUAUAAGUGAAUAUGUUCAUAUGUAGGAUAUGUUUGCUAAAUGUGGACAGUUUACACACCCAACACAUAAUCUAAAAUUAUUUCUAUAGAAGACAAAGUCCGAUACCUUAAAAAGGUGUUUACAUGGUGUUUAUUAACUCAGACAAGUCAGCCCUCAUGUGAGUAUACCAGAAACAUUUAGAAAUAUGAAACAUUUUGGUUUCAUACUCAAAUAGUUUGUACGUUUGUGUGUUUUUAUUUCUGAAUUUACCAUGUGCUUUAUUGUUUAAAAAUGUUUUUCAUACCUGUUCCAUUUUUAUCAUUUCUCUUAUCAUUAGUUUGACAAAAUACUUCUUCCGGAAUAGAUAUUUCAAUGGGAUCCAAUAAUGUUGGACUUUUAAAUAUACUUUUAGUUGCAUUUAACUUGUUUAUUAAUAAAUAACUUUUUAAAUUGA